UUGGGGGGAGCGGUGGUGGUGUUGGAUUCUGCGGGCUCUGCUCUGAGCUCCCGCCCAGAACCCCCACUAGCCUGGGGCCUGGCGACAGCCACUCUGCACUCACUCCUGAGAGCCCACGCCGCCGCCGAGCUCCCGCGGGACGGGAGAGCACGGGAGGAACGCACCGCAGAGGACACUCUUCUUGGGUGCAGGUACUUGCUCUGCUAGGACCAUGCCCGUGACCUUUGCCCUCUUGCUCCUCGUGAGCCAGGCCACCGCAGACCCGUGUUACCAUCCAGGUGGCCGCCCCCGCUUCUGCCUCCCACCGGUGACCCAGCUGGCCGGCCUGGCGGCCUCCUGUCCCCAGGCCUGUGCCCUCUCCCUGGGGGCGGACCUCAGCCCCCGGGCCACCUGCAACGGGAGUCUGACCCUGGCCCUGGGUGGCCCCUUCCUCCUGACGUCCGUCAGCCUACGCUUCUGCACGCCAGGAUCCCCGGCCCUGGUCCUGUCUGCUGCCUGGGCCACCGGAGGCCCCUGGAGAUCACUGUGGCGCAGACCCGCCUGGCCUGGGGCCUUGGGGGGGCCCGAGAAGGUGACCUUCCGAGCCCCGCCGGGCCCUAAGUCCAGCGUGGUGGUCAGUCACCUCCGCGUGGAGUUCGGGGGCCGGGCGGGGCUGGCGGCAGGUGGCGUUCGAGGCCGCUGCCAGUGCCACGGCCACGCUGCCCGCUGCGCUGCCCGCGCCCGGCCGCCCCGCUGCCGCUGCCGCCACCACACCACCGGCCCAGGCUGCGAGAGCUGCCGCCCCUCCCAUCGAGACUGGCCCUGGCGGCCCGCCACGCCCCAGCACCCCCACCCCUGCCUGCCCUGUUCCUGCAACCAGCACGCCCGACGCUGCAGGUUCAACUCGGAGCUGUUCAGGCUGUCUGGCGGCCGGAGCGGGGGCGUCUGUGAGCGGUGCCGCCACCACACGGCUGGGCGCCACUGUCAUUACUGCCGCCCGGGGUUCUGGAGGGACCCCGGCCAGCCUAUCACCAGCCGCAAGGCCUGCAGGGCCUGCCAGUGUCACCCUAUUGGGGCGACGGGUGGCAUCUGCAACCAGACCAGCGGGCAGUGCUCCUGCAAGUUAGGGGUCACCGGCCUGACGUGCAACCGCUGUGGUCCUGGCUACCAGCAGAGCCGCUCUCCCAGGAUGCCCUGCCAGCGAAUUCCAGAGGCGACGACCCCCCUUGCUACUACCCCUGGCGCUUACAGCUCCGACCCUCAGUGUCAAAACUACUGCAAUGUCUCGGACACCAGGGUAUACAUGAGCCUUUGGAGGUAUUGCCAGCAGGACUACGUUCUCCGCGCCCAGGUCCUGGCGUCAGAGGCGGCGGGCCCGGCGUGGCAGCGGCUGGCCGUGCGCGUGCUGGCCGUGUACAAGCAGCGGGCGCGGCCCGUGCGUCGCGGUGGCCAGGACGCCUGGGUCCCCCGCGCCGACCUGGCCUGCGGCUGCUUGCGCCUGCGGCCCGACACCCACUACCUGCUGCUGGGCAGCGCGGCCGGCGGCCCCGACCCCGCGCGCCUGGUCCUCGACCGCCACGGCGUCGCGCUGCCCUGGAGGCCACGCUGGGCCCGGCCUCUGCGGCGGCUGCAGCUGCAGGAGCGCGCCGGGGGCUGCCGCGGCCUGCGACCCCCCACCCCGAGCCCGGGGCCCGAGCCCUAGAGCCCCACCUGCUCGGCCUCCGCAGACGACGACGACGACGACGACGACGACGACGACGACGGAACUUGGGAGCGACCGCGAGCUGAACCUUCUACUUCCACGGCGCGUCCCUCAGCGAGCCAAUCAGGAGCCGUGGAGCCGCUGACGUCACUGGCACGCGCCAGGCUGGAGGGACCCUUCAGCGAAGGCGGCAGGCCGGGAGCCCGGCUAUUGGCCUCUUGCGAGGACAUUUGGCCUGUGAUCUGGGCAGCCAGUCCCCUAAAUAAAGUCUCAACGCUUGGGGAAUUUUGGCCACAGACACCUGAUAUGUGCUGGGAGGGCCUGGGAGGGGCAAAAUGAGGAAAACGUGCGGAGCUGAAGUAUGCCAGUGCCCCCCGACAAAAUGCCAAACCCAGCGAAAGGGCUGGAAAGACAUCACUAUGUGCUGGUCAGAUUUGUGUUGCUUGACGAU